GCACCAAAAAUUAGUUGUCUUUUUCUCUUUUCCAGCCAGGAAUGCGUCCUGGGUUGCACCACCAGAGCAGAUUGAUGAUGGUUGCACGUCUAUUUCUUUGAUUAUUAUUUCUCUAUGGUUUACUUUGAUAGAUAGUAUAGAAAUCAUUUAAUGAUUACAGAGAAUUUCCUUAACAAACACCAAAGAACUUGUCAGUUCUGUACUUCUGAUCAAAACUUUCAAUCAUUCAGAACUAUUCAGUAUUAAAUCAAUAGCAACCUGAUAUUCUGCAUUGACAGCUUAGAGCAUCUCCAAUCGAAAAUCUCAUUUUUCACUCCGAAAUACAGUAAAGCUCAGAAAUGUCAUGAUUCAUCUCCAAUCGAACUCUACUUUGUGCACUUCUGCGAAGGUAACCGUCUUUCUCCUCUUUCGCAAGUUUCUUCGGCAAAUCCGGUUGAGACAGAAAAAUCGCGUAGGUGAACAGUGCAACGCCAAUAUUGAAGUCGCGAAAGAUUUGAUGUUCAGCUGGAGCGACCGAAUGACAGCAUACACAUAUUUGACGUUCGAUUGGAGAUGCUCUUAAUCUGAUUUCUUCAAAGUAGCAGCACAGAAUAUUUCAAAAAAAAAUGUCGUCUUUACUGUGUCUUGGCUCGGAUUCAAUGACCAAAAGAAGAAAACCCAAAGGGGCCACAACUUUUAUUUUUUGGUAGGUAAGACCCUGACAACCAAGAUCUUCUAAUCUUUUAUAGUUUCCAACUUGUCUAUUGCCAACUGCCGUAAGGAAAAGUCAAGUAUCAAUAAAGACAAAAUUUUUCCUUCGGCCUUUAAGCCUUCCAUGUAAUAAGAAGAAGCCUCGUCAUCUUCCUCUAUAUAUUUGGUAGAGUAGUUGGUGAGCUAUGAACAAUACAACCUUUCUUCCCUCUUAAAUCCACCAAUCUUCUCUUCCUUAUUCUCUCAUAAUUCAAAUAUCUGCUCAUCUUCUACAUGACCACAUAUUCUUUCUCUGAUCUCUGGUGAUGUAGGUGGUCUCUUUAUUCCUGCCUCUGCAAAGAGGCUGUUUGCGUUAUGAAGGGGAGCUCAUGGAGAACUCUCUUCAGUGGCUGUUUCAGGAGCCCGGGCGACUCUAAUCUGUUUUCGAAGAAAUUGGUAUCAGAACAAGGUUCUCUUCAAAGAGUGUCUUCGUCAGAAAAUGGCACUCGAAGAUCGCUCGCGCUCUCUCUCGAAGACCUCUCAAUGUCUCUUGCAGGAUCCAAACUCUAUGUUUUCACCCUUGCAGAGCUUCAAAUGGUGACAGGGGGAUUCUCCAAUAGCAAUUUUCUUGGGGAAGGUGGCUUUGGGCCUGUGUACAAGGGGUUUGUGGAUGAGAGGGUAAGGCCGGGCAUCGAGGCUCAGGCCGUGGCGGUGAAACUCCUCGACCUCGACGGAGGGCAGGGAGACAGGGAGUGGCUGGCUGAAGUGAUAUUUUUGGGGAAAUUGAGGCAUCCACACCUUGUCAAGUUGAUUGGCUAUUGCUAUGAGAAUGAGCACAGGUUGCUGGUGUAUGAAUAUCUAGCAAAGGGUAACUUAGAGAAUCACUUAUUCCAAAAGCUCUUUCCUUGCUUACCAUGGUCAACAAGACUGAAGAUUGCUGUGGGGGCUGCUAAGGGCCUGGCUUUUCUGCAUGACACUGAGAAGCCAGUGAUUUACAGAGAUUUUAAAGCUUCUAACAUCUUAUUGGAUUCUGAAUACACAGCAAAACUUUCAGACUUCGGCCUCGCAAAAGAUGGUCCUGAAGGAGACAACACUCAUGUCUCAACAAGAGUCAUGGGAACGCAGGGAUACGCUGCACCAGAGUACAUCAUGACUGGUCAUCUCACAACAAAAAGUGAUGUAUACAGCUUUGGAGUUGUACUGCUAGAGCUAUUAACAGGAAGAAGAUCAGUGGAGAGGAAAAGGCCUAGCAGAGAGCAAAACCUUGUGGAGUGGGCGCGGCCUUGCCUGAACGAUUCCAGGAAGCUUUCUCGAAUCAUGGAUCCCAGUCUUGAAGGGAUUUACUCAACCAAAGCGGCACAGAAGGCGGCGGCAAUGGCUUACCAGUGUCUAAGCCAUAGCCCCAAGUCAAGGCCUCAGAUGUCCACCAUUGUUGAGAAUCUGGAACCUUUGUUGGACAUGAAUGAUGGAAUGAUAGGCUCCUUUGUGUUCACUGUAGUAUCUGAAAAUGGUGGGAAUGAUGAAAAGGAGAAGAAAAAUGAGAAGGGGAAUAGAAACUGCAACAAUGGACAGAGAUUUGCUGUGCACAGAAGGUUACCAAGACAACAGUAUGAGAUUGGGCUAAAAGCAAUAAAGGAUAUGAAGAGAAAAAUGGAUUCUUAGAGCUUUGGUCAGUCAUGUUUUGCAAGUAGAUUAGCUGUGCAAGAAGCCCAUUGCCAUGGCAGUAAGAGCUCUAAAUUCAAGCCAUCAUCAUUGAUUCAGUGAUGUAUGUUAGCAAAUGAAUAUGGGAAAUAUUUCCUCUCAUAUAAAUUUGUAUGAACUAAAAUUGUAUCAAAGAUAUUUAGAUGAAAUUUAUAUAGGAAGAUAAAAUAAAUGCUAAAAAUUAUAAGA